AUGGUGAUAGACCAAACCUCUGCAGAGGUUCGUGAGGUGGAGGUUCCAUGUGCUCUCAAUAUUGCAGCUGUACACCUCAGAUUUCAUGAGUAUGAUUCAGCUAUUUAUGAGUGUAACAAAGUUCUAGAAGUUAAGGGGGAACUUGAAUAUUCUCC